GGAUUAUCAGGGAGGCCAUGUUGGAUUUAGAGGGUCAUGUAAUGAACUGAACCUAAACCCCAGUGAUGGACCCCCGUUAUAGUGCCCAAGAACACCUCCUCUGUGACCUGUGUCAAAAAGCAGCAUUACAGAGUCAUUGUGAACUUUGUCAGAUUAACCUGUGUAAGGCCUGUGUAGGGGAGCAUCUCUCUGAUUCAUCUAAAAGACACAAUGUUGUACCAUACAGACACAGAACUUCUACUCCUAACUACCCAAAAUGUCCAAAUCACACCCAGAAACAUUGCGAACUUUACUGUGAGAAAUGUGACAUUCCUGUCUGUUCUAACUGCCUCUCCUCUGGGAAACAUAAAGGACAUGAUUUACUUGAUGCUCUACAAAAACUAAGUUCUAAAACAAAAGAUUUAGAAAAUGACUUGGAAGAACUAGAGGAAAAAAUCUAUCCUAAAUACAAAGAAAUGACAUUAGGCCACAGUUUUUAUAUCUUUCGCGAUGUUCCGUUUGAAAGAAGUUUCAAAUUAUUUUUAUUUUUAUUUUGUCACCACCCAAUGGACAUUUUGGCUGAAAAAAUCCGUAAACCUAAAGAUAAAAUAACUUUGGCCUUAGAUUUGAAUUCUGAAAAAGUCAACUUGGAAAAGCAUUACAAGAAACUGACAACAGCUGUCACCAAACAAGGAGAAGACUGGCACAGAGAUAUUAACAUCAUUGUCAACAAACAGAAAUCUGAAAUUGAUGAGAUGAAAUCUGAACACCUGGCUGCUCUAAAUAAACAGGAAAAAGAAAUCAAGCAGAUUACUUCUGAUGUAAAACAGAGCAUAGUUGAUCUGAAGAAAAUACUGGACUCCAAUGAUGUCUCCCUAACAUCUGCAUAUAAACCCAGGAAUGCCCAAUUCAGAAGAUUACCUCCUAGAGCAAAUACUUCAUUACCAAGUUUUCAUCCACAUCAAAUCAACCGAGCAAUGCUCCAUCAAAUGUUUGGUUCUCUGUCAGCAUUAUCCAUUACUACAGAAGAACAAGGCUACAAAAUGGAGGAACCAAAAGCUAUAUCCACUCCUAAAGUGAAACCAAUUCUUGAUGAACCAGAGCUCAUCACCACAAUAGACACUAUGUAUGAUAAACUAUGCAGUGUUACCUGCCUCAAUGAUGGAGAAAUCUGGACAUUUGGGAAUGAUGAAUUCUUAAAACUCUACAACCUCCAUGGCAAAAUACUGAAAUCAAUCCAAACUAAGUCUGGCAACAGACCAUGGGACAUAGCAGUGACAAGGAGUGGAGAUCUAGUUUAUAUUGACCAAGAUACAAGAACUGUAAACAUAGUGAAGAAUGAACAGAUACAGGAAGUGAUCAGACUACAGGGGUGGAUACCUUACUAUGUCUGUAGUACCUCAUCUGAUGACCUCCUGGUUACCAUGACCAGUACUGAUUAUAAAAAAUCAAAAGUUGUCCGUUACUCUGGCUCCACAAGGAAACAAACCAUUCAGUUUGAUAGUGAAGGCACACCUUUAUAUUUAUCUUGUUCCUACAUCACAGAGAACAGGAACCUGGAUAUCUGUGUAGCUGACUAUGGAGCCAGUGCAGUAGUGGUGGUUAAUCAGGCAGGAACACUCCGAUUUAGAUACACUGCUACUCCCUCUACUACUAAGGGAUCAUUCAUUCCAUAUGGCAUCACAACAGACAGCCAGAGUCAGAUCCUGACAGCAGACUGUCACAACAACUGUAUCCACAUCCUAGAUCAGAACGGACAGUUGCUCCGUUACAUUAAUAACUGUGAUCUACAGGAUCCAAUGGGUUUAUGUGUAGACACCAGAGACAACCUCUUUGUAACUGAGUUUAACAGUGGUAAAGUGAAGAAAAUCAAAUACAUGUAA